GAAUCAGGUUUUCAUCCCUGUCAGACGUGUUUUGUUUAUUAUUUUAGUACAUUUUUCACGCUGUUUGUGAUGUCGAUUGAAGGAGUUAAACUCAUUAUGCAUUUCCUAAAAAGCAUCAAUAACUUAAUGCAUUAGCACAUUUAUUUGUUUUAAAAUGGCUGGUGGCAAUUUUCGUUUCACAGGUAAUUAAUUCUUCCAGUAUUAAAAAUCGUUAAAUAUUGUGUUGGAAGCUUGCAGAGUUUCAACCUCUUCCAGCCAGAGAAAGGCCGUUUCUCCGUCCGUGGUUCUCUUUAAAGUCCUAACACAGUUGAUUUCUGGCCUCGGACCAUCCGUGGGAUGUCGUAAUCUACUUAGUUGUGUUCACAGCUUUUCAAAUGAAGUUUCAGGGUUUCAGAAACUACACAUUCAGUUAGUAGUCUUCCAACAGAUGUUGGCAUGAAACUAGCGAGGUCACCACAUUCCAAAGAACAUGGAGAAAAGAAUUGAAGAAGGAGGUUCGUUUUCCCACUUCCUGCUGGAUGACCCCUUGGAGUAUGAGUCUCAAGGUUGCCAUAAGAUGUGUCGCCUCUGUGCGUGCCUCGUUCAGGAGAUAAAAGUCAUCAACAUCUUUGAUCAUACUGAGAAGAACUUGGUUAUGAAGAUUAACAGGUUUCUUGCAGACAAGGUGUAUCCAGAAGACGGCUUACCGCCCGAUGUGUGCAAGGGGUGUGUCGCAAAACUGAACUAUUGUGACAAAACCAUUUCGUCAUUCAUCAUUGCAGACAGGAAACUACGGGACUUGUUUGAAGUUGACGAAAAGAGCAACAUUUUGACGGAGAUUCCAGUUGUUGUUGAUAUGGAGCAAGAUAGUGAGAGUCAAGAUUUUGAAACAGCAGAUCAGCAGAAGUUUGAUGAUGCAAGUGUGAAUGAUGACACUAAUGACUCAUUUGCCAGAGAACUUAAUGAACCUACGUGUUCACCACGUGAAACUAACUUCGAUAAUGAUCUUACACAGUCCGAAACCAAAUAUCUCCCUUCAGUUGGUUCUUCCCAUUGUGAGAUGUACGUCACUGAUUACCUUCAAGAGCAUGGCGACAGCUCGGCAUAUCAGGAUGUGACCAUUAAGAACGAAAUUUUUGUUGAUCAGAUUCAUGGUCUCGGGGGAGGCAAUUUCGGAGAGGAUAGGGAUACUUCUGUGAUAAAGUACGAUGGUUGCAAUGAUGAUGCUAAUGAUGAUUCGCUUGAUUUCAUAGAAAAAGAAGACUGUGAUGAGUAUCUAAUUGAAGAGGCAGUACGAGUUAACGGAGUGUUGGAAGUUGCUUAUGUUGAUAAUGAAGGAGAAGACUCUCUAGAUUUGCAAACAGAGCAAGUCGAAGACAAAUUCAUCGACAAUGAUGUAGAUUCCAAUGAUUUUGCAUCGGAAUUCGAAGAAGUCGCCGGGAAUGAAUCAUUCAGCAGCAGUUCUGCGCAGAAACAGUUUGAAACGCAGUUUGUGAUGUGCGAGUUGUGCGGGAAAACGUUGGCCGACGCCCGCAAACUGAAGAGUCACAUGAUGAAGACGCACUCCAACGACAAGGCGAGAGUGUGCUCCGUUUGCGGGAAGGUGUUCAAGAACCACUCCAACAUGCGCAGGCACAUGGUGAUACACACGGAGAAGAGCUUCACGUGCGCCACCUGCGGGCGGGCCUUCUACAACAAGCCCCUGUUGGCGCAGCACAUGCUGAGCCACUCCCGGGAGCGGCCCUUCAAGUGCGACAUAUGCGGCGUCGCCUACAACCGGCACAGCAACAUGCUGCAGCACAGGAAGCUGGUGCACGCCAACGGCAAGGACCGGCGGCUGUUCGCCUACCAGUGCAGCAAGUGCGGCCGGAGGCUUCGCUCGGAGCUGACCUACAAGGCCCACCUCGCCAAGCACAACGGCGGGAUCACCAUCUUCCAGUGCGAGACCUGCGGCAAGCAGUACAAGACGCUGGAGCUCUACCGCGUCCACCUGCGCGUCCACACGGGCGAGCGUCCCUUCAUGUGCGAGGUGUGCGGGAAGUCGUUCCGCGGCGCGUACACCUUGAAGCAGCACUCCUGGCAGCACCGCGACGACUGCCGCUACUCCUGCCCGUACUGCGGCCGUCAGUUCAAGCAACUCUACACGCUCAUUGUCCACAAGAGAACUCACACGGGUGAAAAACCAUUCGCGUGUCCCAUUUGCGGUCGGUGUUUCUCUCAAAAGAACGACAUGAAGAAACAUACUAAGACACAUGACUCGACAAGAGUAUCCAAAAGAACAGUACCUAGUGAAGCAGUUUAUUUGUCUUAGUGUUGUAUUUCCACACAAUAUUUUUAAACUUUUAUUGUUUAAAAUUAAAUCCAAUAAAUUCAUGCAUUCAGCAUUGAAUUGGUCUUAGGAGAAUGUUUUGUAAAUAGCUAGUAGUGACCGUAGUGUAUGUACUAAAUACGAUAUUUGUUGUCUUUUUUUUUUUUUUACCAACAGUCAAUCAUUUGUUCUUGUUACCAUCUGAAGAGAGUAAAUGUUUGAAAAAAAUAUAUAUAAUUCUUUUAAUAGGAAAAUGUAAACUAAAUAUUUAUAGAAAGUACCGUACUUCAAUAUUGAAAAUGUUUUUAUAUCAUUAAAAAGUUCUUUAUCUUGUAAAUUUCUUUUGUUUUGGUGUACUUUAGGAAUAGCACAAGCCAUCACAGUAAUGUUGUUGUAGCUGAUUUUGCCACCAUUUUUAUAUUGUCUUGCAUGCAGCAUAUAUGUAAUACUAACGUGCACAUUAUACACACUGUGUGUUGAGAGUUUGUUGUGAAUAUGCACAGACACGAAAGCUGGAAACACAAAGACAAUAGUAUGAUGUAUCACUUUUAUAAUUACUUUUGUUUUUGAAGUGAUACAACUAGUUAACAAAUAAUUAGAUAAAUUUUUAGGUUUUUUGUAAUUUGUGUAUAUAUGUUACAUCAUAGUUAAUUCCUCAGGUUUUUUUACAACAUAAAUUUAGCAAUCACAGUGUUACAGUUAUUAUCUACAUAUAAAAAUAAAUUUUAUGUAAAAUUCACUAUACAUUGAUAUGUAAAAACCAUCCAUUAGACAAUUAUUGCUUUAGGUGAUGAGUUACUUGUUGUAUGUUGUUAGGUUGACAAUGAAUAUGGAAAUAUAGUGCCCAUAAAUUUGAAAUUUCUCAAUUUAUACUUGGAUAAAUACACUUCUGGUGUUAUGUAUUGAGUAUUGUGUUUAUGUUAAACACAUGAUGAUGUUAAAAAUAACAUUUUCAUCUUUUCUCCCAUUGCUCUUUUAUGUAAAAUACUGGGAAUAACUUAUUCACUUGCAAACUUAUUUUUUUUUUUGUAUAAUAAUUUUAUUAUUCCUACUAAUGUAUCUGUUUAGUUGUCACUAUUCUUUGCUAUUUUACAAUACAUUUGUCACUGUUUUCCAACUGCAUAUAUGAUUAGAGAAAUCUGAGAAGUACUUAAAUAUUGCAUACAUUACAAAUCCAUGUUUAUAUUUUUGAUGAUUUGAAAUUGUAGGUUGCAUGUUCCAAAUUGAAACAAAGUAUUUGUGCAAAAUACUUGCAUUACAAUACAGGAUAAUUGAGAAUGAUUGCCAAGAUUUAAACUUUCAUUUUUAAAGAAGUAUUUAAUAGAUAGAUACAUACAUACAUGUGGCACAUGGAAGGAUUCAAAAAUUUGUAUUCAGGAGGUUUUUCACGUGGAUGUAAACAUUGUAACGGACAAGACAUUUCAGUUCAACAUACCAAAAUUAGAGAGGUAUAAGUUUUUUGGAAAAUUAUUUUUGGGAAAUACAGUAGAACCCCGAUUUUGCGAACACGGAUUUAACGAAAACAGCGAUUUAACGUAAAGGUUUUCAGGAACCAUCAAAAAAACACCAAUUUAUUAAAAUAAUAAUAUAGAUUUCCAAAAAAUGAAAGUAAAUUGUAAUGGAAUCUUAUUAAAAAAUACCCUUUGUGGUGUCAGUAAUAGAAUGGAGGUAUGUACUAUUUAUUAAUAUGUGCCUUUGCAUCAUCUGUCCAAACACGAAAAAAUAAAAAAAAAUUGUUCAAAUUGUUUAAAAACUCCGGGCGCUGUAACUGAAUUGCGUAGGUGCGUGCCAUUGCGAGCGCCUGGAUAGAUAGAUUAUCCCCGACACAUGACGUCAUGAAGGGUUUCUUUGUCUGCAUCCCCCUCCCCCUUCCAUAUCGCUGGCUUGAUUAACCACGUUAUCUUCCAAUCACGCCCGCAUAGUAACAGUGCUAGCCAAUAAUCACACGUUUCCAAAUAUUCCCUUGCCCAUCCUCCAGGUUUUUUUCAACUUGUGACCACAUCACACCAAUACGCCUUAUCAUUAUUCUCAGAAAGAGCUUUGUGCGCUGUGUUUAGUUUUUGGAAUACAUUUUUUAUAAGUGCUGUUCUGACUUCGAUUUUUUGCUUUUCUUCUUGGAUUUUGACUACAGAUUGCGAUUGGAAUUGAUUACACUGCCUGUUGACGACCUGCUUAGCUUUUUUAUUGGUACAUGACUUUAUUUACUGUUUUUGGAUAUCGGAUUUGUUACGUUUUUUUGACGAUUCGUUUAUGUUACUGGUAUUAGAACUGGACAAAACUGGGACACGGGCGGUGGAGCUUUUAUUUUUUUUCCGCUAAGCUCGCGUCUAUUGGCUGGCUGCUGAUGGAAGGUCAUAAGUCUGGGCGGAGCAUUGAGUGAGUUAUACUGCGCAUGUGCAGCUCAGCCGGCGGCUAUGCCGCGCCGUAACAACAGCUGACCGAGUACAAUUAAUUACGUUUCUCCGCGUACGGCGCACUAUGGACGGUAAAUUUGCGGCCUUUUUAUUUUACUAUGACGCAAUGUGUAUGUAGCUGGUAUUUGUUAUGAACGCAACUGUAUUUUAAUAAACUUUAACGUAAUUCUUAAACUUUUCAUAUUUUUUUUGCCUAAUAUUUCAUGGUUUCUGAAAAUCUGUACGUACGACUGAGGUGUACGCUCGAACGAGCGAGAUAAAAAACGUUUAAAAUGGAAAGUUGACAAAGCACAAGAUAUCGGCGUCGACCCUGUCUACGAUAUGGAAACGUAGGGACGCGAUUAUGAGUGCGGAGGUCAUUGAAAAUCGGUAAAUCGGAUUUAACGAAACAUCGAUUUAGAGUAAACAUUUUCGGUAACCAUAGCACUUCGUUAAAUCGGGGUUCUACUGUCUCUCUCUCUCUCUCUCUCUCUCUCUCUCUCUCUCUCU